UAAACAUCACCCAUCGCCACACUACACCAGUUCUUCCCCGUUCUCUCUUUCCUUUCCUUCCUCCUCCUUUUCUUCCUUCUUUUUCUUCUUCUUCACUCACCUUGCUGCCUGCUCCGUCCGGUGACUGCUUAGAGCCCAACCGUGAGGUUAAUACAGAUUGCAAAAAGCCAAACCGCCGUACGAAACCGGUUGGGCAAGUCUAAGUAGGAAGGAGGACUGAAUCUGAGCGACUAACGUUAGGCCGGAGAUUCCCUUCCCUUCUAUUGAUACCCACUUCCAAUAAUUUCGUCUCUUGCGCCCAUUCUCUAUUUCUUUACUUUCAUAUUUAAUGGGCACAUUGCAAUGGGUUUUCGUUUAAGCAACUCUCGGAUUUCUCUACAGCUCUCAACUCUUCUGGGUGGAUAUGAUGGCGGACAAUUCCUUGACGCAGCCGGGUUACACUCGGCGAUACGAGGGCGACGAAUUCAAGGAAAGCAAGUUCACGGUAGCUCUUUGCCCGUGCGUUUUCUGCUCAAUUCUUUUAAUUAUUGUAGCUUCGGUAGUUCUCACUGUCAAAUUCCGUUUAUAUUGCCACACACCUCUUCACUCUAUCCUGUUCAAAAAAGCCUGCAAGUAGGAGAACAACAAAACUUCUUGCUUGGCUUAAAUCUGAACUGUUUACCAUAUAGUAGGAAUGAAUAUAGGCUCUAUUGUAUUUCUAAGGGUGUCGAUUCAGAGCCUUCUGAUUUUGAGGUUGGGGGUGAGCGUGACAAUGAAUGUUCGGCAGUUGAGGUUGAUUUAAAGGAGGUGGAAAGGGUUAGCAAAGUGAUCAAUGAAACUUUUUCUAUGGAUAGGAAUAUGGAGGCUGUUUUGGAUGAAUGUGGGGUGAAUUUGAGUCAUGAAUUAGUGUUGUCUGUGUUGGAUAGAUUCAAGCACGCUAGGAAACCUGCGUUUCGGUUUUUUGGCUGGGCUGCAAAUCAGGUUGGUUUCAAUCAUAAUUCCAUGACUUACAAUGCUAUGAUGAAUAUACUUGGAAAGGCUAGGCAGUUUGAGACUAUGGUGUCGGUGCUUGAAGAAAUGGGAGAGAAAAAGCUGCUCACAAUGGAGACGUUUAUUAUUAGCAUUCAAGCUUUUGCUGCUGCCAAAGAGAGAAAAAAGGCUGUUGGGGUGUUUGAUUUGAUGAAGAAGCAUAAUUUUAAAGUCGGUGUGGAGACAAUCAAUUGCUUACUGGAUGCCCUUGGGAAAGCAAAACUUGCAAAGGAAGCUCAGAUGUUGUUUGAGAAGCUGGAGUUGAGUUUCACGCCGAACUUAAAGACUUACACUGUUUUGCUCCGUGGUUGGUGUACAGUGAAGAAUUUGCUCGAAGCUGGGAAGACUUGGAAUGAGAUGGUUGAUAAUGGUUUUAAGCCUGAUAUCAUUGCUCACAACAUUAUGAUUGAAGGGCUGCUGAGGGUUAAUGCUCGGUCGGAUGCAAUCAAAUUGUUUGAGAUGAUGAAAGCUAAGGGUCCACUGCCUAAUGUGAGGAGCUAUACAAUCUUAAUCAAGUAUCUGUGCAAACACGGUAACAUGACAGAAGCUAUCGACUAUUUCAAUGAUAUGCUUGAUUCUGAUUGUCCAGCAGAUGCUGCUUUAUAUACUUGUUUAAUGACCGGUUUUGCCAAUCAGAAGAGGAUGGAUAUGGUUUAUUGGUGUUUGCAAGAAAUGGAGGAGAGAUCCUGCCCACCUGAUGGACGGACAUAUAAUGCUCUGAUCAAGAUGCUGACAAGUCGACAUAAUCCGGAUGAUGCUGUUAAGAUAUAUAAGAAGAUGAUCCGCAGUAACAUCCAGCCGUCCAUUCACACUUACAACAUGAUGUUGAAGUCCUUCUUUGUCACUAAAAAAUAUGAAAUGGGGUUUAUGGUUUGGGAAGAGAUGAAGAAGCGCGGGUGUUGUCCCGAUGAAAACUCAUACACUGUUCUCAUUGGAGGACUCAUGAGGCAGGGGAGAUCUGAUGAGGCUUGUAACUACUUAGACGAAAUGAUAGAGAAAGGGAUGAAGGCUCCGCAGAUUGAUUUCAAGAAGUUCGAAGUUAACUUUUCUUGGGCAGGUAGACAACACGCAACAAGCAACUUAGCUCAAAGGAUGAGCUUCUCAAGAAACUCUGGCUCAGCUAAAUUGUUGGAAAGAUUGCGAAGAUGGUGACAAAAGAUCUGCCUGUGCUGGUGCCGUAGUUCUGCUGCUUGAUGU